AUGCGUGUGUACCAAGGAUCCAUCGUCCUGCUGCAUUUCGAUAAUCACUGGGACCGUGUACUAUGGCUCUGGGCGUCUCUACUGGCCGGGUAUCUACCCGUGAUGUCGACGCCGUUCCCCGACAACACCAACCGACGACUGGCCCACCUGAAACAUCUGGCUCAGCUCCUUAGCACGCCGGCAUGUUUGACUUCCACCAGACUACUGCCUGCAUUCCAGGGCCAAGAUUCAAUUGUCCCUACAUGUGUUGAAAAGCUGCACGUGGAAGACAACGACAUGCACUCCUCGGAUGAUAGAGUUAGGGUUACUGCCCCAAAUCCUCAACCGGACGCGACUGCCGUGCUGAUGCUCACAUCCGGGAGUUCAGGGAGCUGCAAAGCGGUUGCCCUCACCCACGAGCAGAUCACUGCGGCCGUGACCGGCAAACACGGCAUUAUGCCCAUCGCCCCAUCCACGACGUUCCUGAGCUGGGUCGGACUGGAUCACGUUGCUGGGCUGGUCGAGAUCCACCUGCAAGCCAUCUUCACAGGGCACAGUCAAGUCCUUGUCGAGGCACCAGACGUCCUGAUGGAUCCUGGACACUUGCUCAGCCUUAUCGAGCGACAUCGCGUGGCCUGGACGUUCGCUCCUAACUUCUUCCUCGCGCGAAUGCACGCUACCCUGCAGCAGCAGAAGCAGGAGGAGCAAAGCCCUCAGAAUCCUAGCUGGAACCUGGGCUCUCUGCAAUACCUUACCUCAGGCGGAGAAGCCAACACGACCCAGAUGUGCGAAGAAGUCGCAACCCUGCUCUCUCGCUACGGGGUACCCCGCAAUGUAAUUGUCCCCGGCUUCGGAAUGACCGAGACAUGCGCCGGUGCGAUCUUCAACACCCGAUUCCCCGAGAACGACAAGCAUCACGGCUACGCAAUCGCGUCGCUGGGGCGAUGCAUGACCGGAAUCCAGGCUCGAGUUACUGAUGGCAGCGGGGCUAAUCUCCCGUUGCCAGCCGGCACACUAGGCCAUUUGGAAGUGAGCGGUCCAGUGGUGUUCCGGAGCUAUUUCCGCAACGAAGAGGCCACACGAUCCUCCUUUACGAGCGACGGGUGGUUUGUUACGGGAGAUCUGGCAAUGAUCGACGAAACUGAGCCCGGCCAUCUGCUCCUCAAAGGCCGGGUGAAAGAUGUCCUCAACAUCAACGCCAUCAAAUACAAUCCGACUGACAUCGAAGCUGGCCUGUACGAGGCGGUCCCGCAGCUGACGUACGGCUCGGCGUGCUGCUUCUCCUCGCUCCCACCGGAUGGACAUACGGAGGAAGUCGUCAUCGUAUACCUCCCCUCGUACGAGCGCGAGGAUCUCAAUGCACAUGUACAGACGGUCCUUGCCAUUCGACAGGCGUGUCUGGAGAUGACCGGUUCUCGGCCUCUGGUCCUGCCUCUGAGUCGCACCAGCGUCGCGAAGUCCUCCCUGGGCAAACUCCCACGCGCACAGAUCAAGGCAGCGUAUGAGCGGGGCGAGUACCACAGCGCCGCCGAAGAAAGAGCGGAGCGAUUCGCCCUCUUCCGCAAGACCACAGACCAAGAACCCCGAGAUGAGCUGGAGCGUCAACUCCUCGCCAUCUUCAUCCACUCGGUCGACCACGCCACGGAGGAGGAGUUCGGGGUGCAGACCUCGAUUCUCGACCUGGGGAUCACAUCGAUUGAGCUGAUCAAACUGAAGCGCCACGUGGAGAGGGACCUGACCUGCAUCCAACCAGGCAGCAUCCCACUGAGCACGUUGAUGCGCAACACCACCGUCCGGGAUCUGGCCGACGUGCUUCACGCAUCCACCUCCGCCUCAUCCUCAGCACCAACCUCAGCAUACGACCCCGUCGUCUCCCUGCAACGCCGCGGAUCCAAAACCCCAAUCUGGCUCGCCCACCCCGGCAUCGGCGAGGUGAUGGCCUUCAUGAACCUCGCCAAGUACUUCACCGACCGACCCAUAUACGCCCUGCGCGCCGCCGGGUUCAAUGACGGCGAAGCCCUGGCCACCUCGCUGAGCGACAUGGUCCAGCAAUACCACGCCGCGAUCAAGCGCCACCAGCCCCAGGGCCCCUACGCGCUGGCCGGGUACUCGUACGGGGGGAUGGUGGCAUUCGAGCUGGCCAAGCUUCUCGAGCGCACCGGCGACACAGUCAAAUUCCUGGGCUCGUUCAACCUGCCGCCGCACAUCAAGGAGCGCAUGCGGCAGGUCGACUGGAAGACCGCGCUGCUGGAUCUGUGCAACUUUUUGGAGUUGCUGUCGGAGAGCCAACGCGUGGAUCUGGGUAGCGAGCUCCACGAUGCCACUGACAAGGACAGGAUCCUGGCUCGUGUUCUCAGUCACAUUGAUCAAGACAGAUUUGCCGAGCUGGCCCUCUCCCCCGCCGCCCUGGCGAACUGGGCCCAGGUGGGACAGAACCUGCAUCAUCUGGCGGUGGACUACGAGCCUUCGCCGUCUGUGGCAAGCAUGGACGUCUUCUACUGUAAUCCAAUCAAGGAGGUGGCGUCGGGCAAGGAGCAGUGGUUCAACGAGUUCAUCAGUCUGUGGCGAGACUUUACGCGGUCGGAGCCGCGGUUCCAUGAGGUGCAGGGGUCGCAUUAUACAAUGAUCUCGCCGGAGAACGUGUUUGGAUUCCAGAAAACGAUGAAGGCGGCGUUGAGUGCGAGGGGACUUUGA